AUGCAAACAUCUUUUGUUCUAGUUACGCUAUCAAAAAACUGUUUAGGUCACGCUCGCGCAGUCGUUCACCACCACGACGUAGCUCACGAUCUCGCUCUCCAGACGAUAGGAGGAGCAACAGCAGGAGUCGUAGCCGCUCACCAUAAAUAA